CCCGGAAUGAGUUCGGCGAACCCGGAAAUGAAAUCGGGCUGGGAGUUUGGCGAAGCUCUCUCCCGAUUCCUCUGCAGAUGAAAGAAACUGAACUGUAAAGCGAGCAAAACAAGAUGAAGCUCUCCCUCAAGGUUCACGACCCCCGCCGUUCCCCGCCACAACCGCAGCAGCUGAGCAACCACCAGAACCAUCUCGAAACCCGGCCACUCCUUCUCAGAGCUAAAAUCCCGAUUGCCAUUUUCAACCUCCCUUUUAUUUCUGGCUUCACCACUACCACUCAAUACCCUUCUGACUUAUCCGUCUCCCUCGCCACCAACUUCUCCUCCGGCCCGAAUCUGAAACUCGCCUAUACUGCCUCGUCUUCCUCAUCAAGCUCCGCCGCACCUCCGCUAACACUGUCUCUCAAAUCGGGAAUCGGCGUUUUCGGGUCUCCUAAGAAUUCCCCUCUUAUCAUUUGCGCCAGUUUCUCGUUGUGCCCACUGAACCCCCAGCCCGCCCCGACUUUCACUUUACUCCUCAAACCUCAAUUUGGUUCUUUCUCUCUGAAGAAGGCUACUUCUUCCAACCCUAACCCUAGUCCUAAGCACAACGGUUUGUCAAAUUCAUUUGGGUUUGUUCCAUUGGACCGGCCUACGAAUUUCAAGGACUUCUCCACGGUCCAGGAUGGAAAAGAGUCGUUGGUUAAGGGAAUUUCCAUUAUGGCCAGGACUGAAAUGCUGAUAACAAAGAAGGCAUUGAUUAGUUUCCGGUGGGGUGUGAAUUUGCCGGAGGAUUUGGGGAAUCGGAUGCCAUAUCUGAAUCUGAAUAAGGUUCGGGUUGAGAGGGUUGACGACGAGGUUAAGGAGCUGAAGAAGGAGAAGAGUUGGAGUGAUGUGGAGUUGUUGAAAGGGAUGUGUUUGUGGAUGAAGAAGGAAUUGGAUUCACUGCAGAGAGAGAACAGAGAGAUGACAGCAAAGUUGGAAACUAUGAAAACUGGGCAUUUUCUGAAAACAGGCAGUUCUAAGGAAGAGUGUGUUGGGAAGAAGACAGUAGCUCCCAUUGUUGAGAGCUCAAGUGGUCUUGAGCAGUGGAGGAACAAAAAGAGUUAUGGGGGUGACAAUGGGAAGAAAGAGGUCAAGACAAAAGUGACUAAUGAAAACAGGUCUAGUGAGCUUGAGAGUGAAUUGCAGAAAGCCCUGAGUGCUGCCACUGCUUCAUCAUCAUAAAAGAUUUGCUCCAAUAUGGCAAUAAGGUAGUGAAUAUGGAGGUAUGCCACUUUGGGAGUGUAUAUAUAUGAGCUUGCUUGAAAGUUUAAACUGAACUGAGAUUGUUUUAUUUCUGCAACUUAUGAUGAUGCUUUGAAAAUCAACUGCAUUAUUGAAAAAAGUACAUCAAUGGAAGCACACAGAGAUUUGAGCAUAUUGCACUUAUAGCUUUUCUAGUCAAGACUGGGGCUUGAUAAACCUUUGGAACUACAGAGUAUAUUGAAUUUGUUAUUUGCUUCUUUGGAAAACUUGAACAUGGCGUUUUUUUGAAUGAGUAAAUGAUAAUUCUCUCCUUGCCAAACUUAUCAACAGAGUUAUGGUUUUUCUGUGCUCUUUGACUCUUCGAGGACUUCCGAAUAGUUUCAUUGCAAAAAAAUGGCAAGGAUGGUUGAGGAUGGGAUUUACUUACUCAUACACCGGUACUAGGGAUGGACCAUUGUUUGUAAUUGCGCAAUGCAAUUGUGCCUCAUGGCGCGCCUCAGCUAAUUCUCGAACUAUGGCAUAAAAGGCAUUGCAUAUUGCGUUGGGAGUGUGGCGUACGCAAUAUUGUGGUGAGGCUUACGCAAUAUCACAUACGCAAUAAGGCGUACGCAAUGGUAGGUUAGGGUGUAAGGGUAUUAUUUGGGCUCAAUCGACCCACUUCUUAACUUUUAUAAUAAGCAUAUUCUGCGAUUGUGAUCCCUAUUUAAAACUACUAGAUAAUGAUGAUUUGAUUUUGCCGCCAUCAAUCUAAUAAACUUAAAAUUUUAGUAUGUUAGGGAUUUUGUUAUGAUAGCAGUUCAAGAAUGUUUCCUAUCUUGUGGUACUUUAAACAUUUUUCUUUGCUAGGAUUAUGGCCUCAUUAUAAUUUGUUUUAAUAUGACAUUUGAAAACUUAUGGUGAGCAAGUUAUUUUAUUU